AUGACAGAAGGAAUUCCUAAUUCAGAUUUACACUUACACAUUAUAUAUGAAAAUUAAAAAAAAGGAUUUAAGGCUGAUGCCGUUUAUUGUGCUUUAGCAGUAAAUGAUAUAGCAAGACCGAUUUUUGGUUAAGUUAGUUUUAACAUAUAUAAUAUGUUUGAAUAAGAUGAUAAUCCAGUAGUUUUUAAUAAUGAUUUAGAAAUAACUAUUCAUGAAAUAAUACAUAUAGUAGGGUUUUCGGCAAACGCAAUGUAUUAUUGGAUGAAUCCAAAAACUAAUAAAAGGUAUGGAAAAGAAUAUAAGAAAGAUUUAUAAAUAGAAAAAACAAUAAGAAAAAUAAAAACAGUUUUUUUAACUUCUAAAAAUGUUGUCGAAGUUACUAGAAAAUAUUAUAAUUGUCCAACAGCAGAAGGUAUGCAAAUAGAAAAUUAAGGUGGUUAAGGCACAUAAGGUGCUCAUUGGGAAAAAACUAUAAUUUUUAAUGA